AUGAAAAUUAUUCUAAUAAUCUCAAUAGUUUUAUAUCAAUACUUGUGUGCUGAUAAAUUGUUGUUUAUUUAAGCUAUAUGGAGACAUGGAUCAAGAACACCUGUUAAUUGCAAUUGGAAUUGCGAAUACUUUAUAGAAAAUGAUUUAUUGAAUGGUUACCUAACUCCUACAGGAAUUAGAUAACACUUUGCUUUAGGUCAAUGGAUGAGAAAGAGAUACAUAGUAGAUUAUCCAUUAUUAAGUGAUAUAUAUGAUGCAUCUUAAAUCGUUGUCUACUCAACUGAUGUUAAUCGAACAAUUAUGAGUGCCAUGAGUAAUUUAUAAGGGAUGUAUUCAAAUAAUGGGCCAAAUAUACCUCUUGUUUAAGAAAGUUAUUUAAUACCACCCAAUCCAGGAGCUAAAACUCCAACUGAUAUUGGUUAAUCAGCACUUUAAUAUAAUCUAUAAGUAUUACCUAUUCACAUGAAAGAAGCAAUAACUGAUGAAAGAUUAUUAUCAAUAUUGAUUUGUCCUAAAGGUUAUGAAAUGUUUGUGUAAAAUAUGCAAUCAAAUUUAACUAUGGCUGUGAGUGUUAAAGCUUAAGAUACUUUAAUAUAAUUUUGUAAUGAAAUGAAAAUAGAUCCACUUGAAUUCAAUAUAUUUACACUUACAGAAUAUAUGGAUACAUUUUAUUCAUGUAUUUAUAAUGAUUAUCCUAUGCCAAAUGAUCUUACAAAAGAAACAUAUCAAAAAGCUGAUUCUUUAUAUGCCCUCACUAUUGCCUUAUAGCUCUAUUAGACUAGACAGUAUUUUAUUUAUUUAUUAAGAUAGACAGAUAGAUAUCUUUUCUACACCAUUUUUUGAAUCUUUACUCUCUUAUUUUGAUUCUACAUUGACAUAAUAAUAGACAGAAAAUAAUUAAAAAUAUAUUAUUUAUUCAGCUCAUGAUAUAAAUGUGUAAUUAAUAGCUUCAGCUUUAAAUUUUACAUCAGCUGAAUGCAUGGCUUAAGUUUAUUUAGGACAAGAAGUCAAUAACAAAAAUUGUAUUUACACUUAUCCUGGUUUUGCUUCUAAUAUUAUUUGGGAAUUAUGGGAAGAUGAUGUGACUCAUGAUCAUUAUAUUAAAAUACUAUAUAAUGGCACUGAAAUGGAUGUUUGUAAUACAGAUUCAAAGAAAUGUUCUUAUAAAGUUUUUAAAUAAUUAAUUUAUAAUUAAAAGAGAGAUUAUUAAAAAGAAUGCGAAGUUCAGAUUGAUCCAAUUGUAUAUAAUUAUUUAAACUUUAAUUUUAGAUUGAACAGAAAGUUCCUAUAUGGAUGAUAACAUUAUUAAUCAUAUUUCUCGUCAUAGUCUUAGUAUUGUUUUUAUAUAUUUUAUAUCUUUGCAAAUAAUUAAGACAAAAAAAUAAGAUUAGUUUAAAUGAAGAUAGAAGUUGA